UAUUCCUAUAUUCGGAAAGUUAUGCCAGCGGUAUUACGAUGCUCCAUCUUGAUCUUACUGGCAAUGCUGCGGUAACUUCAGAUAUAAUCAGUCAUGAUGUAGAAGAGAGUAUUAGAGGCGUUCAAGAAAUAUUAAAUAACAGAACUGAACAGCUCAAACUGAAAGAUAGCAAGUUUAGAUAUUAUUUCCCUGCGAAUCAAGAAGCCAUUACUGAAGUAUUCGAAUCAAUCUUCAGUAUAGAUCCGACAUUAAAAAUCAAAGAAACUAUACAAGUACAAAUACGCAAUCAUUUAGCAUUGGUCGAAUUUAUAGAUACUCACUGCCAAAUGCGUGCCUAUAGUUUUCAGGCAUGUAAACAAUUAUUAUUAGAGUGUUUCAAGAUAAAAAAAUGCAAUAGUAGUUCCUGUUUAUAUUGUAAACCAAUUCGUCUUCUAUUACAUAAAUUUGGAAAUUUAAGCUUUCUUGCAGAUCCGGUUCCUUCAAAAGAUAAUAUGGACCAUUAUGCAACCUUUCAAGAUAUUUAUGGAACUAAAACAACUGAAGAACAUAGACCAACAUACAUGCAAUCACAAGCAAAAUCUGAACUAAUUCCAAAAUCUAUUCUAAUUGCGGAAAAAAUUCGUGAUUAUAUUGAUUGUAAAGAUUGCUGGAAGCAUCGCUGUGUGUAUAGUAAUAAGUCUUUAACCGAUGAUGAGUUAUAUGACUUUCAACAAACAUUAGAGUUAUAUUCAUAUUCAUGUGGUGCGCCAAUUUUUCCUGAUGAUCAUUAUUUGAAGGACGUAAUAUUUGUACGUACACAAAUUAGCUGUGAUUCGCCUAUUGAAAUAUUAUACUACUCAAGUCACAAAGUGGGAAAUUAUCAGAUUUGUUACUAUUGCAGAAAUAGUGAUAAUUUGGUAUCUUUAUCUAAAUCUUUAAAAGAACGUUUUAAGCAGAUUUAUCUACUAUGCGAAAUUUGCCAGGAAAAUAGAAGAAGUUUUUAUACGAGAGCGGAAAUUAAGACCAAUAAUAGAGAUGCAAAAC